CUCCUCCUCCUCUUCCUGCUUUUCUUUCCUGCUACGUCAUCACUCCGUAUGAGCGGCUAGGCUAACUGUAUCAGCUGUAUACUUGGUUGCUUCCGCCAAUGUAAACAUGUAGCCGGUUUUUCGAUUUAAUCCAAGUGCUGGUAGGCGGUUGUUAACCUGUUUGUCAGUGGUCCCAGCAAUGAUGGCUGUGUUCCUAAAAAUAGCCGCUAUGGAACCAGGGCAGUGUAGCGCGAGCUUAGUAAAUAGCUAACACUGAAUAGCUAGUUAUCUACCAGGCCGUGUUUUCAUGGGGCUAGCAUUGGUAAUUAAACAGUUUUCAUUGACAGCCACGCAAGGCUAAAGCGGAGUUAGCAAAAACUAGGGAGAAUGGAAAGUAGUGCUAUCUAACGAGGACGCAUCAAGACGUACAGACACCAUGAAGAAGUCUAGAAAUGUUGGAACAUCGUCGCCAGUGAAUGGAAAGCAAGACUGGGACACCAGACGGAAGAGGAAAAUAGCGGAUAUCACACAGGCACUGAGUGUGAGUCCAGUGGACGUAGCAGCUCUGAGGAGGAUGGCUAUCAGUGAAGGAGGACUGCUGACCGAUGAGAUACGGUGCCAGGUCUGGCCUAAGCUCCUCAACGUCCCCCUUGAUGUCUUGAACCAAGAGCCAGACACUGUAGACCGAGAAAAUAACAAAGACUACAACCAGGUGUUGCUGGAUGUCCAGCGUUCACUACGGAGGUUCCCACCUGGUAUGCCAGAUGAGCAGAGAGAGGGUCUCCAGGAAGAGUUAAUCGACAUCAUCCUCAGAGUUCUGCAACGUAAUCCCCAGCUGCACUACUACCAAGGAUACCAUGACAUUGUCGUGACCUUUUUAUUAGUUGUGGGAGAGCAUCUUGCAACUGCUCUAGUGGAAAAGCUCUCCACACAUCACCUCAGGGACUUCAUGGAUCCCACUAUGGACAACACAAAACACAUUCUUAACUAUCUGAUGCCCAUCAUUGAAAGGGUCAACCCUGAGGUGCAUGACUUCAUGCAACAGGCUGAGGUGGGUACAGUCUUUGCUCUCAGUUGGCUCAUCACAUGGUUUGGCCAUGUCCUGUCAGACUUCCGCCAUGUUGUCCGGUUGUAUGACUUCUUCCUGGCCUGCCAUCCAUUGAUGCCCAUCUACUUUGCUGCUGUGAUCGUGCUGUACAGAGAGGAGGAGGUAUUGGAGUGUGAAUGUGAUAUGGCCAUGGUUCAUCACCUGCUAUCCCAGAUUCCCCAGGAUCUACCCUAUGAGACGCUCAUCAGCCGAGCAGGAGACCUCUUUGUACAGUUUCCCCCCUCUGAAUUGGCUAGAGAGGCUGCUUCACAUGAAAGCAUGGCAAGCUCUACCUUUAAGGACUUUGAACUUGCAUCUGCGCAGCAACGACCAGACUCAGUUCUCCGUCGCAGACGCAGACAAAAGCAGGCUGCACUGGAGAGCUCAGGAGUGAGCUCUGUAGUUGCAGUGGCCCAACCUUCAGCAGCACGGCGGUUUGUUCGACUUGCAGUCAUGGGUCUCACAGUGGCUUUAGGGGCAGCAGCUCUUGCUGUGGUCAAUACUGCUCUUGAGUGGGCCCCCAAGCUAGACUUAUUUCCUUGAACUGCUUUUCUUUUACACCAACACUCCAUGUAUUCUGUCCUCUAAUAAAUCAAGCUGGUGGGUCUGCUA